UUUAUACAAUAUCUGCGCUUUGAUCACCGUAUCUUUCUUUGGCCGAUACAAUCUAAAUAGUGGCUACUAUCAUAAAUCGCAUUCAUUCAGGGCUGAGGGCUGGCACCCGCCAGUUUCUACCACUUCAAAUUCGAGGAAUCAUGGCAGUCUCAAAUGAUUUGCCACCUGUUGAAGCAGUAAACUCAGAAUCUAUUGUGCAUGAAAAGAGUGCAAAUGGCUCUAGCAAUCCACCCAGGAAACUGCAUGGCCGCGCCUUUUAUGAAAGUAUCGGUAGUCCCAAAUUCAUUCUCGCGCCCAUGGUUGAUCAGUCCGAAUUCGUAAGUUGGCGAAGCAUCCGUGAUGAUGCUUCUGUUCUCCUCUAGCAUUCCAUCCAUACUAAUUCGAAUUGGCACAGGCCUGGCGCAUGCUUUCUCGCUCCUUCAUGUCCCCAGAAUCAAACAAAUCUCUCCUGGCAUACACACCCAUGCUUCACGCGCGCAUGUUCUCUGAAACUCCCAAGUUCCGCGAUGCACAUUUCCAGCCGAUGAAAAGCUCGCUUGUUUCUCAGCUGGAUUCGUUUUGUCCUAUUCUAAAGGAGGAUAUCUUUCUCGAUGGAAAUCCAGCUUUCGAUCGACCUCUUUUCGUACAAUUUUGCGCAAAUGAUGAGAAGGAAUUACUCGACGGAGCGAAAUAUGUAGCGCCUUUUUGCGAUGCUGUAGAUUUGAAUUUGGGAUGUCCUCAGGGUAUCGCGAGGAGAGGAAAGUAUGGGGCGUUCUUGCAGGAGGAUCAGGGCCUCAUUUACAAGUUGAUUAAUACGCUACAUGAAGAAUUGGAUAUACCUGUUACGGCGAAGAUUAGGAUAUUGGAAACGAGGGAGAAGACGUUGGAAUAUGCAAAGAUAGUGGUGAGUGCUGGAGCGAGCAUUUUGACGGUGCAUGGAAGGACGAGGGAGAUGAAGGGUCAUAAAACGGGGUUGGCGGAUUGGGCGGUUUUGAGAUUUUUGAGGGAGAGUUUACCCAAAGAAGCGGUUCUUUUUGCGAAUGGAAAUAUUUUGUCAAGGGAGGAUAUUGAUGAGUGUCUGAAAGUGACAGGUGCGGAUGGGGUAAUGAGUGCAGAAGGAAAUUUGUAUGAUCCGACAAUCUUUUCGGAUGCACCGGCCAUAGGGGAGGAAGGGAGAGAGUAUUGGAGGAGUUUAGAUGGGAAGAUGGGAGGUUGGAGAAUGGAUGCUGUGUUGAGGAGAUAUAUGGAUAUCAUUUAUAAAUACGUUUUGCAGGUAUCGCCGCCUGAGAGGAAACCUCUUUUCAUAUCCUCGGAUCCGGAAGAAAAGUUUGGAGAAGAGGUAGAAGAGGAAGUGGAAGAGGGACCACCAAAAAAGAAACAGAAGGGGAAACCACGAGUCAAGCCUGGUCGCUAUGCAACCGCAUUGUUUCAAACUUCUAGACCGCUGGUUUCAAAACAUCAUGAUAUGAGAUGCGUUAGCAAAGUGCAGAGCAGGGAUGUAAGCUUUGAAAACGUCUAAAUGACAGAAAAGGUUGUUAAAGAAUAAUAGAAUAUGAGAACAAAUGAAAGUUAUAGAGAAAGUUGGCGGAAAGAAAGAGAGGAGGAAAGCUUAAGAACUAGAGACCUAAAGGAAGAGUGAGGAAAGUAGGAAAGAUGGAUGGGAAGAGGAAAAGGAAGGGAUUCUGAAGAAGAUCGAGGCAUAGAUUUUGGGUGUGGAAGAGGGGUAUGAAAGGAAAAACAGUGGAGGUUCCUAAAGAUGGAUUGGUUUGUGGAUGAUUUUCUCUUGUUAGUUUCUUUACGUUGAGUUGAAUCAACUACACUUUAUCAGACUGGCGCGAUAUGGUAUGGUAUGGCUUAGUGUGUGGCGUGGAAUUGCGCUCGAAUAUUAAAUUUGGUAAA